GGGAUGCUUUACGGACCUUCAGGUCCUGGAAGGGUAACACAGUUUGAAGAUGGAGGACAGCGGUGGUGCUUCUGCAGCGCAGGUGACUGUAAAUCAAGUGGACCUUGGUCUAUCUCCCUCCAGAACAGAGAACCUGGGAUGUCCCUGUGACUCUUUGGUGGCUUUAGGAAGACAUGUUUUCCAAAACCUUCAAAAUAGGCUGGUGCAGUCCUACCAACAGCAGCCCUUGGACCUUGAUCAUAUUGAGUUCCUCUGCGUGAACGCAUCAACUCUAGUCUGUUCUCUUUCUGCUCAUAUUAAUGUUCCAUCACUGGUAGUUGAAGCUCUUCACCACCUCAUCUGCCUCAUCCAUUCCGAUAUGGAUACAAGAAGGUCUGCCAUUGUUGUUGACAGCUCAGCUGGUGAACGGGGGAGGGCAAAGCUCUAUGUUUCCAAAGACCACCUCAAAGAUCUAAUAAAGAUGGACCUCUCCGUUCCUUGUAUCUCCAAGCUUUUGGGCAUAUCGCAGAAAACAGUCCGACGAAGAAUGGAAGAGUGGGGCCUCUCAAUAACGGCAACCUACAGCUCACUAUCAGAUGAUGAACUUGACAACUUAAUUGCAGCCAUAAAACAGGAAUCGAAAAAUCUGGGCUACAGAAUGGUUAAAGGACGCCUCAGGGCACUGGGCCACAGGGUGCAGUGGAACAGAGUAUGGGAUUCCAUGCGUCGUGUUGACAGUGCUGGAAUCCUUGAAAGGAUGGCAAAUCUUGGAUGUGUUGUUAGAAGGACAUACAGUGUUCCUGGUCCUCUGUCACUGCUCCACAUUGACACCAACCAUAAGUUAAUUAGAUAUGGACUUGUGAUGUUUGGUGGUGUUGAUGGCUUCUCAAGGAAGAUCUUGUACUUGAAAGCAGCUAACAACAACAAGGCUUCUACAGCACUGACGUUCUUCCUUGAGGCUGUACAGAAGCAUGGAUUUCCAUCGAGGUAUAAUGCAAAAACUUGCUGUUCACAUUAGAGCAUAGAGGCUUAA